GGUGUGGAGGCGCGUCUUGUGUUACCGGUGUUCUGGGGGCCAGGGGGUGGUGAGGAUGAAGAUGGCAAUAGCCUGGCUGUGGAAGGUCCGGUGCUAUGGUCACCACUCUGGCAUCCCGACCUUGCUAGGGAGACCCCAUGGUGGACUGGUAUCCCGGGGGAGGAGAGGCGGAGCAGGGGAGCUGUUCUAUUCCUCGUAUAGCACCACACCUUUCACGGUCCCAAUCGGCUUUCUUUGGCGGCAGAAGACACAAUUUCUUCAUUCCACACCCAGGGUGUGUUGUUGCAGUAAAGCCAACAGUGAGGCCAAAUACAAUGACCCUUUCAAACUUGGGAGCAAUGAGAUUAAAAGCCUCUAUGAAGAUAUCAAGAAGGAGCUGUUCAUAACAACAAAAGAACUUAAGGAAAUGUGCGAGUACUAUUUUGAUGGAAAAGGGAAAGCUAUUAGGCCAAUAAUGGUUGUCUUAAUGGCACGAGCAUGCAAUGUCCACAAUAAUAAGUGCAGAGAGGUGCACCCUACCCAACGAUCUGUUGCCAUAAUAGCUGAAAUGAUCCACACUGCUAGCUUAGUUCAUGAUGAUAUUAUUGAUGGCUCAUGCUCCAGGAGAGGGAAGAACACGGUGAACCAGAUCUGGGGUGAGAAAAAGGCUGUUCUUGCUGGAGACUUUAUAUUGUCAGCCGCCUCUGUAACUUUAGCACGAAUUGGAAAUACUGCUGUUGUAACUGUGUUAUGUCAAGUUAUUGAAGAUCUGGUGCGUGGGGAAUUCCUUCAACUGGGCUCUAAAGAGAAUGAAAAUGAGCGAUUUGCUCACUACCUCGAAAAGACUUUUAAGAAGACUGCAAGCCUCAUAGCCAACAGCUGUAAAGCAGUUUCAAUUUUGGCCUGCCCAGAUCCAAAGGUCCAUGAAAUUGCUUACCAGUAUGGGAAGAACAUAGGCAUUGCAUUUCAGCUAAUAGAUGAUGUGUUAGAUUUUACAUCCUGCGCGGAUCAGCUGGGGAAACCAACGGCUGCAGAUCUACGCCUGGGGUUAGCAACAGGCCCAGUUUUAUUUGCUUGUCAACAGUUUCCAGAGUUGAACGCAAUGAUAAUGAGAAGAUUUACUUCACCGGGAGAUGUUGAACGAGCGUGGCAAUAUGUCCGUAAAAGUAAUGGAGUACACCAAACAACCUACCUCGCCCAGCGCUACUGCAGUGAAGCAAUCAAAGAGAUAAGUAAAUUGCAUCCUUCCCCUGAGAGAGACGCACUUAUACAGCUUACAGAAACUGUGCUCACCCGGGAUAAAUGACCCCAUAGAAAGUGUACUCUUCAUGGCAGCUACCACCAAAUUGUGCCUAAUGCAACACUUAAAACACAGCUGGACUUUGCUUUCUCUGUGAACCACCAAAAAGAACUAUUUUAAAAUCUGUAUGGAUAAAAACCUUUAUGCAUUAUAGUACUGUAUUUUUUAAUGUUUGAUUUUUAUCAGCAAGAGCCAUAUUGUCAUGAACACUCAAUACAAGCAGUAUUAAUGAAACAAUAAAAUGAAGCCAUUCUAUCCUAACAAGUAGAUGGUGUAUUUUCAAGACAAUUAAUAUAAAGACAUCAAUUAAUCACAUUAUGUGCCAUAAUGAAAUCUACAUGUAAAAAAAAAAAAAAAGACAGUCUCCUUUGGAUUCUUUUUACUUGUCUGUUUAAAUCAUUAAAUUUCAAAGACAAAGGGAUAUAAAUCCUACACACAUUUUCUUUCAUGAUUUAGAUCGCUUGCAGUUAUCAAAUGUGCUUCAUUCUCUUACUAUCCUUUGUUGAAGGUGCAGCAAAGCACUACUGCGAGCUAACUGACCACAUCAGGUGAACCAAUCAGAAGAGGGAUAGGGCCACCAAUUAGCAGCUAGCUCCCAGUAGUGCACUGCUGCCCGAGCCUCUCUAGAUAAAUUGUUUACAAUUGCAUGCUCUAUUUAUGUCAAAUGACACAAAAUAAAACAAAUCCAAGGGGAAUGCAUCUUAUGGCUUCACAUAAAUACUAAAUUAUGGCUAAAACAAAGUUAUUGCUUUUUUAAUUUUUAUUUUAAAUCAAUUAUUCAUUAAGUAAAUCAUGCACAUACACCUAAUUGUUGGCGUUUUUGAAUGGUAGAAUACAUUUAUGGACUGUUAACCCCUCCAAUAGUUAAAGGCAAUACAAGAAAUAGGCCUGUAGAAAAAGGUACACUAUUGAAUGUGAUAUAAAUAAGUAAUAGUUUUGCCAUUUUAAUUUUUUCAUGUUCUGCUCUGUCAACAUAGCAUUCCAAAUUGUAACCUCCUUAAUCUGUGAAAUGGAUAACCAAGAUAUUACAGGGUUUAGGAUUCUUUAUUCAAUGCAUUUUUUUUUUUUUUUUUAUAAGAACACAAAAUAAAUGUACUACUGCUUGGAAUCUGUCAUAUUUACUGUCUGCUGUUGAGUGUUCAAAUGUUUCCCUCAUCUAUAUAAUGAAAUCCCUUAGACGUGCCAGAGCUGUAUGUGUUGUAUUGGACUGGCCUAAAAGCCUUGUUUACAAUGGUGAUCUAUGGGUGGAAAGGUCAGCUUACAAAAAUAAACAUUAUGUAAGUA